AUGGGAGGCUCAGCAUCGUGUAUGGGUAAUAAGCAAGAGGGAAGCGACAGUACAGAGAAGAACAAUUCUAAAGGAGGAAAAGGACCAACUGGCAACACUGAUGAAGAGUUUUUGUCUGGCAAAGUGCUCAUUCCAUGGAGCGAUCAAGAAUACAAGCUAGGUGUAGGGAUGGUGGACGAACAGCACAAGGUGCUAGUUAUUCUAAUCAACAAAUUGAACCAUGCUAUCAACAUGGGAGACAUGGAUCUAAUUCUUGAAGUGUUUGAAAGAUUGGCCAUGUACACAGACUUCCACUUUAAGGAAGAGGAAGGCUUGAUGGACAGAUGUACUUCAUAUGAAGCAAGUGUAAAGGAUAACCAUAAGGAAACACACAGAAAAUUCAUCUCGAAGGUCUUUUCACUGAAAACUAAGGUUGAGGAAACUCACAACUCUAGAUUUGCUAUGGAGGCUCUCAUGUUUUUGAGCGACUGGCUGAUUACACACAUUUGUAUUACAGAUAAGAAGCUUUGUAGGUUCUUGAAGGCUGAGAACAUUGAUAAGGCUUACGACAGAAAUGCAGCCAUGGAUGAUAUUAAGAAUUAUGAGAUGCAACCUCCACCACCAGUUGCUCAAGAGUAA